AUGAUAAAUUCAAUAAAAAAAGGAGAUACGCAAAAAGUAAGAGACAUAAUAGACGAAUUUGGAUUAUCAUUCUGUCCAUUGCUGGAUGAUGGGUAUCCACUACUUACUACUGCCGUUGAAAAAGAUCAAGAAAAAAUGGUGGCAUAUUUAUUGCGCAAUGAUGCAAAAGUUAACAGCGACCGUAAAGUCCUGUCCCCUCUUCAGAUAGCCGCCAUGAACAACAACACGAUGAUUUUCAAAAUGCUUCUGGAACGCGGCGCUAAAAUAAGUAAUAACAAUAUUCAUAAUAAUAAAUCACCAAUUAAGUUAGCAGUUGAGCAAAACAAUAUUGAGAUCGCAAAACUUAUCGUUGAGCACAAAAAUUUUGGAAAAAAAUAUGAUCGGUCAUUACUGCAUGCGGCUGUCAAGAAUAAAAACUCGGCAAUGGUCUCAUUAUUAUUAGAAAUUGGUGCGGAUGUCAAUGAAUAUGAUGACGACAGAUCAGCUCCAAUCCAUCACGCAGUAAUGGCCUUCAACAAUGAUAUUUUGCAAUUAUUAUUAGAUUAUGGAGCAGAUAUUAAUGCUAAAAAUAAAUAUGGAAAUACUCCAGUUUUUAUAGUUCAACAUAAUGGGCGUUUCACUAUAGAAGUUGAUCCUGAUGAUGAUGAUAUUUCUCUUGAAUGGGAUUAUUCUGACGAUUACAUGGAAAUGUUAAAUACUCUUCUAGAUAAUGAUGCAGACAUAAAUGUUCUUAAUAUCGAUAAAUAUCUUCAUCUUCAUCACCAUGAUGUUAGUGACACAGAAACUGAUGACAGUUCUGAUGACAGUUCUGAGUACGGUGAUUCGGAAACAAUAAAAUGCUUAAUUAAACAGAUUGUUAAAUUAAAAAGUCUAAAUGUACCCCUAUCUAGAAACAUUGAUAUUUUAUUGCCUUCUCUUGUUGGAUUUCUUCCUUUUGAUAAUUAUAAAAAAAAAUGUGAGCUAGAAAUGUCGAGAAUGAUUACAGAAAAAAUACCAAACUCGGGGAUUUCGCUUCAUGAUAUUUUGCGUAAAAAUUAUAAUGUUUUAGCUGUGUAUGCAAAAAACAAAAAUCAUGAGACGUUCAUAUUUUCGAGUGAAAUUUCAGAUCGAUUUCCGGUUUAUGGAUCGGCUAUAAAACUUCGCUUUUCGAAAGGAUUAGCAAGGAAAGAUUUUUUGGAAAAAAGUACUACAGUUUUUCAUAAUCUUUUUCCCGUUGCAUCUAAAUUGUUGUCUGAUGGCGUCGAUGAUGUAUUCAAAUGUUUAGAUAAUAAUGAUAUGAGACAUUUUCUGCGCAUGUUCCAGCAAGAUAACUAA